UUUGUUAGAAUCGUGAAAUCUCUCAUCUAACAAUGCACUUCUCUGGAAACGUAGAUUUCUUGACCAAAGCAACUAUUUUUACUGGACUUGCCAGCGCACUCUGGACUCUUUUCCUGUUUUUUCUCAUUGACAUCUUCCAAGCUGCAUACAGGCAGGAAGGAGAAAUCAUGCCCAGAGUGAGGAUAUAGUUUGGGCAAUUUAGAGGCAACGUGGGAAUGGAACUGAAGCCUUAAGAUUAGAGAAACAGCGAGCUGACCCGCUACAAGUUAAAACUGCAAAAGAUGCAAAGUCGGGCUCACAGCGACUCUUUUCACCAGUUUUUUGACAGUCGCAAUGAGCUGAAGGCAUUGUAUCCACUUUCCCAACAGACUGUUUGGAGAUCUGAGUGCACCAGUAAUGGGUCAUCCUCGUCUAAUCACCAGUCUUGGAAGGUCCGUUGUGGAUCUAACUACUUUGCUAAUGAAUUGGCAACAAGCAACCCAAAUGAAGACGUCAACCAACUUGCCUGUUCCUCAGCUGAAUUACCUUCGUCUUUCAUUGGCACCACAUCUUAUCGUUCACCCAUAUUGACUACAUUAAUCGGGGGCUCCCAAACUAAAAGCAGAUUCCAACCUGCCCAUCCACAGUGUCUGCCAACUGAGAGUCAAUCUACCUAUUCUCAGGAUCGAUCAGUGUGGUCAGGCACACCCUGCAUUCGAACACCUUUGGAGUGCGGCCCUUCUCAGAGACGACCAACGUGCUUGUACCAACAGGCGCAGGCAGCCGUCAAGAAUUUCCCAUCAUCCCCCAGUCCUACUUCUUCUACUGGUGUGCAGCCUGGAACUCCAAGCUCGCUCGCCUCUUGGGCGACACCACCUCUGCUAAACCACAAGAGGUGGUCUGUUUCAGAGCAACUUCCGAGACAUUCAGAUAACGGGGUGGAUUUUGCAGCUCAGCCCACCGAGAACUGUUGGACUAACUGCCCAUGUGCCAAGUAUCCGCAGGCUCCCGGAUCUUUUACGCGCACUGCAAAUCAGCAAGCUUCAAACGUGGGCUAUUGCAAUUCGGGCCCAUUUCAUAACACAAGUCCUGUAGUUUGCAAAGGGUCCACAGCUGGACGUAUGUUUGAGUUAAGCCAGCAGGGAGACAGAAUGCAGGCACUGGGUAGGGGCAGUAUCUCAACUCUGCAGUCAUCAACUGGAAACCACUUCAUGAACAAUGGACAUGAAGCAAUGCUUAGCCACACUCCGAGCACAAUGUCAAGUGGAGAUGGACUUUGUACUCAGAUUCCCAGUAAAAGCUCUUCAAAGGCCACUUACCUGCCAGCAGUUUCUCAGUUCAACAGUUUUAAUCACAGAACGUCUGAAAAUCACCAGAUAGAUUGUGAAUCUACUUCCAGGGCACACCACCUUUCCAAUGUGUAUUCUCAAAAGUCGUCUCAACAUUCGCGGAAGAGGAGGAGUUACGAUGUGCUGAGGUUUCUCGAAGAGCUUACAUUUGGAGAGCUGAAGGCCUUGCUUCUCGCGUUUGAGGUUAUGGAUAAAAGGAAAAGAACAGCCCGGGCAAAUGUACAGAUGGGCGAAGUAAAUGCGUCACCCCAGCAAAAUCCUGCAAUGGUGCAAUCUUGUCAGUUUGCAGCACAGAACAUAAACUCCGCCAGUCAUGUGAACAGCAAGAAUCUGAGCAGCGCUUUGUCGUUAAGAGAUCAGUCAAUGCCAGACAGAAAUACGGACAGCAAUUCUGUUUUUCCAAAACAAAGCGAGCAACAGAUUUUAUCUCCCUGUUUGCCAAACCGCCACCAAUGCAACUCAUUGAUAGAACGACUCAGUCUAUCUCUCCAAAGUUAUGAAGAGAAAAGCUCUGUUUUACAAGACAGUACAAUGUAUCCCCACAUCCACCAAGGGGCUUUAGGUGUUGAGUGUAACAUGCAAGAUUACCCGCUUAACUGUUUAAACUCCAAGAAUGCAGAAUCUUUAGGCUCUGGGUCUGUUGAUCCCAAUUAUUUUGGAUCAAACCAACAAGAUGAACCAUACAAUCAUUCAUUUCGGUCACUGGAUAUCUCCAGUCCUCAGAUAAAUGCUUCUCCGUGUGAUGAACAAAAUCAAAAAGAAAUCGAAGCCUUGUAUGACAUGUUGCGAACUUCUUUCGGAAAUAAAAUGAAUGGAUAUUCAAAGCGUCAAAAGCUGGAAGGUUCUUCACUUCACUUUCAACCAGUCUGUUCGGAAUCGGGUCAAAUUAACACCGCAUCCAGCGGUGUCACACAGUCAGCUUAUGUCAACCAGUCUUCCCAGAGGGCUGAUUGCCAGGAUAUUUGGGAUACAAGUACAGACUUAGUGCCUAAGUUGCAGAACCCUGCAGGAGCACGACAAUUCAUGCAUGAUGCAUCCUCACCACUUGGUAAAUGGAAAGUGUCAAGCCCUCCCGCUUGCCUUCAUUCAAGCGCUGAACUCAGCCAAAGUGCAGAAUCCUCUCCAACACUUCACACCUUUGGCAAUGAGAAAGAUGCAGUUCUCCUCAUGCAAUCCGAAGUCAAAACUGAGGGGCCGUUCAUAUCACCCCUACAUACAACCUCAACGGUUGAAGAGAAGCCUGCAUCUUUCCCAAGUGCCGCAAGAUCUCCAACAACGAAACCGGCUGAUGUGCUGAAUUUGCUGAGAUGUUCCAGCCAAGGAUCAGGGAGCCAGCAAACUGUGGACAAAGUGUGUGCCGCAACCUCUCCUCAUUGUGCCCGAACAGAGCGUAUCAUAGAGAGCUACCUCAUCAACGAACACACUGUAACUUCAGAAAGCUUCCAAGAGAACUUGACUCUAGCAAUGAGAGCUGAAGAAUUCAGCAGGAUGCAAGAAGCUGCUGCUCAUGUGGGUGUCCACUUGUCAAAUGUAAUCUCAAAUGAACAAAAAGGUGAUAUUUAUGUUGCACCUUCAGUGGGUUUCCCAGAACAACUCAUGGCCCAGACUAUUGAAUCGUCUAAACUGUCCAGUGCUCCAUCAAAGUUAGUUGAUCUGCAUCAACAUCAGGCAGGACUCCACUGUAAAGCCAAUAGUGAGGUACCUGCAGGAAUCCAUACAGAAAAUGGAUCUCCAUUUUCUGAUAUCUACACUACAAAUGAUAACAAGGUAAGUGAUGCAUCCCCAGAAAAAGUUGUUGAGGAGCUCAACUCAAUACCAAAUUCUCAGAGUGUUUCAACAAAGGAAUCGGACACCUUAGAAUUCAUUUUACGUUCUUUAGGUAUUAUUCCAGAAGACAGUGAAGGACCAAGUGUGGCAACUCUAACUUCCAUGUCUCCUGGUGUAACCAGUCCAGAGCAGAACAUAGCUGCCUUUUUGUCAAAUGAUCCAUCUGGUCCAGAAGUAAAGCAGACGCAAGACUUAACUCUACCAUCGUUUAAUACAGCAAUAUCAAAUGAUAAGGAGCAAGUGUUUGCUUCAGUUGGUCCUGCUUCUACAGGGUCCAAGGAAACCAGAGGCUGGUCAGAUGUUCCUGUUAACCCCGGAGAAAGACAGCAGACUCCAAAGGUUCCUUUCGAGAAUGACAGAACCACUCCGGCAGUCGUUAAACAAACACCUGCCGAUGUAAACAGAUCGAUCUCUGUUUUUCAAGCGAGGAGUGUCCAAAGUCCAUUGGUCAACAGAGCUCAGAGUGAGGAAGAGAACAGAUUGCAGGGAACUGAACCUCCGGAUGUGGUACAUUACGCAGCUCAGGGCUCGGUUCCAGUGAACUCUGGGAACAAUCAGGAGGCCGAAGAACAUUUGGCCAAUAAUCUCACUUGUGCCCCAACAGCACAUCAUCCACACGCACACGCUGUGACUAAUGCUAUUAAAUUAGAAGGUGGUAUUGAAAGCAGCAAAGGGAAUAAUCCUUUGAUGAAUCUCCACACCUUAUCCUUAGUAAAUCAGUCCGUCUCCUCGGUUUUGCAUGCUUCAGCUCUGUUGGACAAGCCUCCAUUGAUUACACAGGUUGAAGAGAUGCAGGAAACUCUAUCUCUGCCUUCUGUAGGAGGCUAUGAUCAGCUCCUCAGUCUGCUAUCCUCAUCCCGCAGCUCUCCCUGUGAGCUACCGGCAUGUUCAACACCAUUAAUAAAUCCAGUUGCUGAUCCAUCGUGUGCAGGCUUGGUUGAGAACAGCAGACGUGCAUCCAGGAGUGACACAGAUAGUUCAUCUCCUCGGAAAGUGCCAGAAGAAGCUGCACACUCCAUUCGAAGCGUAAGAAGUAACAAGCACUGUGUAGCUGAUGGACCUUUUGACCUGUGCAGAGGAUUGAGGAAGCAGCAAGACACGAAAAGUGGGAUCUCUGGGACGGUGGAGAAUUCAGUUUCAAUGGUCUGUGGCUGCCAGGACAGCCGAAAGCCAGGCAGUGAAGAAAACUCCGCAAAACCAGGGGUCUUCCCUAGGGCAGCGAAUAUCAAGGGCUCAGCAGGAACUGAAAAUUCAUCAGCCCCUGUGUCAAGCAGCGCAGAUACCUGUGGCUCUCUGUCUGUGAUACGAGGUGUCCUAACCUCAAGAAUCCCACUUAAAUGUCGAAGACCGGCUCUGGCAAUUGAAGCUUUUCCUCAGAGCAGCAAUGGGGAAGUAAAGACUGUUGCAGGCGGCUCCCUGCUCCGAGCAAAAGUCUGUAGGGCAGCAGCCGUUUCAAAAGGUGCUGGCACAGAUUUGCUCUCAGGGAUCAGGAUCAGCGUUAUAUUCUCACUCUCUGAAUACCAGGACCACUGGAAAAUCAUAAACGGUGCACACCUCAUUUCUAAAUCCUCGGUAACUGCAGGCAGCCAGCUCGAGCAAUCCCUCCUGAAAGUGAGCAAUUUUUCCACAACGCAAAUAGAACAAGGCCCGACAGAGAUGAAUGGACCAAUCAGGGCUGGUUCAAAUCUGGGCAGACAGGGAAACCUCAUUACGGACUCCCCUCACAGUCAGAGCGUUGUACCUUUUCUAAGUGAUUCUUUUGUCCAGCUGUCAAAUACAGAUAUCUUCAGCACUGUGGCUAAACAUUCCGAUCGCGUUUACCAAAUGGAGGUAAAACUGAAUCAAAACUUUGAGAGUUCUCAGCAUAGGGGCAAGCCAAAUGCAGUGGUUUGUGCAGACCUCUCCAAGUUACCAACGGGAAAUGGGUGCGGUACUGAAAGCCCAAGGGAGGCAAAUGAUACCACAGGUCGACAAAGGGCAACAUCAGUUCUCUGUUGCUUCAAUUCCAAAGACUUGCUAACCCAGGACCUUUUCAGCAAAAAUGAAUACCGUAGUAUGGCUGAUUUGGAAGCCACCACCGCGUCUAUUUUCCGCUUCUGGUGUCCAUCUGGCCAAGGGUCUGAACAGCACCAACCAGAGACAGGGAAACGAUUUGAUUUUAAAUCUAGUGUCAAAUGCCUUCGCAGUGGAAUCGACCUCUACGCUGUAGUGAGUGCUGCAGAAUCGAACAGUAGCAUGCACGCAUCAAACACACGCUGCCUCCAGCUUGGGCUCACUGCAGCAGUUGACAGGGAGAAACUUCAUCGACAUAAGUCUCAGCCAAGAGAAUUAAGUAGCUGGCGCGGUCCAACAGGCUCUACUGCGUUUGAAGAACUUGAGCAGUCAGAGAGUGUAUUGAGGUCCCACCUGCUGACUGCUGAGGACAGCAACGGUAGCUGGGAUGACAUCGCUUCACACACGACAUCGCUCGAAACCUCCAGACCAAAUGCUUCUCUCCAUAAUAGCAGUUGCCAAAUAACUCGACGAAAUGGGGACAAACAGUUUGAGGCUAACAACAUAGAGAUAACCGUACCAUCUCUGAGAAUGGACAGCAUAAUGAGCGGACACACAAACAGCAAUGAUCGCAGUGAUGUACAAGAUCAGGAUACACCAUAUCCUGAAGAUUCAAUGCAACCUUUCAAUGGGCCAGAAAGUCGGAGCAGAUUUGAGCCUGGCGUGGACGACAGCAGCGAAAUAAAAAUUAAACGAAUGGAUCUCCAAGGACUCAAAACCGUUCUUUCGGCGUUGCCGAGUGCAACAUCAUCAGCUUUGAUCCACAGUCCAGCAUCUAAAUUGGAUGAUGAAACUUCUGAAGCGACAAGCCCAGGAGCCUAUUGGAAAAUCUCUCAGGACUGCGGGAGUAGUCAUUUAGAUGUGGCACAUGAACAAAUGGAAAUCUCAGCAACAGACUGUUCUUCUGAUUCAGCCCCAUCUGAGCUGUCUCUUGGCAGAGUUGGCAGCACUCUGCAACAAUAAUCACUGCAGAUCAAAAACUCACCAUGUUGGCUACACAGAAUGUUACAGGUCACUGAGGAAACGACUAGAAAGCCCAGUCGCCACAUCUACAAACCGGGCCAGUGGAUAUGAUGUGGCAUGGUGCCUGUGAAAUCUCCAGCAGAAACCGACAGAGGAUUCGGCUUCCUUCAGCUGACACCAGAAAUUUUGAAUGCGUUUACCAUCUUUUGUUUUUGCUGCUACAAUCACUGUAAGACACUCUUGAAUACUCGCAACGUUCUACUCACUUCCAAAGACAUCUCUGACUACCUUGAGUAUGCAAAGGGAGAAUCUGUGUAAACCUUGCAGUCCAGCCAAACACCACCGUCGUGUUUUCCACUGGUGAAAGGAAACUGCCACUCUGCUCAAGAAUCGAGGGUGAGCUGAGAGGAUUUUCCGUUAGAGGACUCGCACUGCCUCUGAGAAACGGUAACCAGAGGUAGCACUGGGACAAGCUACCCACUGAAAGAAAGGGACAAUCAUACAUAUUAAAGA